GUUCUUAAUGCUUCCAAUAUUUACAUUCAACUAAUUAGUAUAUUCAUAUUGCACAUCUCAUCCCUUUGUAAAGCUUCUUUAUACAAAAAGUAUAUCAAGUCCUUCACCACACUUUUAAAAGCUCCCUUAGCCAUCCCAAAAAAUAAUCAUAUCCUAAAGCAUCAUUGGCUUCAAAACUCAUAGAGAGAGAAAGAAGGUGAGAGAGCUUAAGGGUAGCCAUUUGUUGGUUUUAUUUUCCAUCUUGUUGGGUUGGGAGAAUGCAUAUCCUUUGCAAACCAAUUUACAUUGUUGUGGCUUCAUUUUAUGCUUCUGUUCUUCUAUUCAGUCACUGCAUGGCCUAUGAGGAGGAACAUCACUCUAGUAGUCACAAAAGCACUAAUAACAAAAUUUACAAGGUAAAUCAGCAGAAGACAUCUGAUAUUGCAGUACAUGGAUUGCUCCUGUGGGCUUCAACCGGGUUUUUAAUGCCUCUUGGCAUACUUAUCAUCAGAGGAUCCAUUAAAGCAGAACCUGGAUCCAGAAGGAGUAUAGUUCUCUUCUAUCUCCAUGUUGGUUUUCAGAUGCUUUCAGUGCUUCUUGCCACAGUUGGAGCUGCUAUGUCCCUGAAGAAGUUUGAGAAUUCAUUUGAUAACAGCCAUCAAAAACUAGGCCUAGCACUUUAUGGUGCUAUAUUGGUGCAAGGCUUGAUUGGAUUUUUCAGACCACACAGGGGAAAGAAGGAGAGAAGUUAUUGGUACUUACUACAUUGGAUACUAGGGACAAUAGUUUCUCUUGUGGGGAUCAUCAAUAUUUACACUGGAUUAAAAGCCUACCAUAAGAGAACCUUAAAAAGCACAACACUUUGGACUAUCCUUUUCACUGUGGAAGUCUCUUUCAUUGGAUUAGUUUACCUCUUGCAAGACAAAUUGGAAUAUAUGAAAAAGCAAGGAGUGAUUAUUGGAAGUGAGUCGUCAAUUGUGUCAUCUAACCAAGAUAUUCCUCAAAGCCAAACCCAAAAGGAGUUGUUGCCAGUUGCAUGUGGAAGAAAGAGAAAUGCACUUGAGAAUUUGUUUGAUUAAUCUCUGUCUUUAGAUUACAUUUUUUAGAGCUUGUUUUCACUUUAGUUUUUGGUGCCUGCACUUUAUGCAAGUGGGAGGUGGAUUUUAUGAAAGGUUGGUUGAUAGAGUGCAUUCAUCAAAAGGUGAAGUUUGAUUGUGUAUGUUAUUUCUUUUCAUUUCUUUUUUUUUAUGCUUAUUCUUUCACAUGUAUUACGAAUAUUAUAAGUGUGCGUGUGGAUACUGACCACAGAAUGUAUAGACAAUUGUGGGAGCAGUUUGUGAAUUUUAAAUUUCCAUUGAAAAUUAAGUAUGAUUUUGGAAUAUAUUACAA